AUGACUGUCCCCGAACGCCCUUCUGUUUCCCUGAUACAGGGCCAAGUCAUAGGAACUCAUUUGGAAAAGACAUCCCCGCAGCCCAUCGAGGCUUUCCUGGGGGUCCCAUAUGCCCUUCCCCCUGUUGGAGACCGACGAUUCAGGCCUGCUGAGAAAGUGAACCCUUCCAAUGACACAAUUGAUGCUUCCAAAUUUGGUCCUGCGGCCCCAGGUAAGGCAUUGGUCGUCAGUGGGCCAAAGCUGGAGCAGAGCGAGGAUUGCUUGACAGCGAAUAUCUUUCGACCAGCGGGAACAACUGAAGAAUCCAAGCUACCAGUUGCGAUCUACAUACACGGUGGUGCAUUUAAUCGGGGAUCAGCUGCUGGACAUAACACCGCCUCAAUGGUCGCUUGGUCUGAGGAACCUUUCAUUGGAGUGAGUUUUGGGUACCGGGUCGGAGCUUUGGGAUUUUUGCCUUCUAGCCUGUCUAAAAAGGAGGGAAUUCUCAACUUGGGCUUGCGUGAUCAAGUGGUUCUGUUUGAAUGGGUACAGGAGAAUAUUGCCAAAUUUGGUGGUGACCCUGGUAAUGUCACGCUCUUUGGUCUAUCAGCAGGAGCGCACUCAAUUGGCCACCAUAUUUUGAACUACAAUGCUCAAUCCUCUCGGCUGUUCCACCGUGCCAUUCUCGAAUCCGGUUCGCCAACAUCACGCGCCGUUCGUCCCUACAACGCGAAGGUCCAUGAGAUGCAAUUUCAAGAUUUUCUAAAGGAGGUUGGAUGUCCUUCGAGCCUGUCAGAGGAUGAGAUAUUCCCCUUCCUACGAUCACUUCCAAGUCUCACGGUCACAGACGCUCAAUCGCGUGUUUUCAAUAAAUGGAACCCCUCGCUUCGUUGGGCAUUUCAACCUGUGAUUGACGACGACAUAAUCCCUCGAAAGCCACUUGACGCCUGGAACUCGGAAUUGUGGAACAAGGUCGCCAUAAUGACAGGAUACAAUUCCAAUGAGGGUACUAUGUACGUGGAUAAGAAGAUGUCAGACCCAGCCCAAUUCCGAAAAUUCUGGCACAACCUUCUACCCGAGCUAUCGAGUGCCGAUUUGGAUACAAUCGACCGACUGUAUCCUGAUCCCAGUUCUGACUUUACAUCUCCCUAUGUUGAAACUCGGACUGGAGAAGGUCUUGGCCCACAAUACAAGCGUAUCGAAGCUGCAUAUGGGCACUAUGCUUAUGUCGCUCCAGUGCGACAGACAGCUCAGUUUGCAUCGUCGCAGGGUGCUCCAGUGUACUUAUACAACUGGGCAUUCACAAGAACUAUCGUGGGUCGGGCAAACCAUGGCGAUAACAUGUUCUAUGAGACUUUUAACAGCGGCAUAACCGGACUUUCAGAGUCCCAGAAAGAGCUGUCUGGAACUCUUCAUGCGUACUUGACUAGCUUCAUUGCCAAGGGCGAUCCAAAUGCUAUUCGAGGGCGAUAUGGACAACGACCGGAGUGGAAGACUUACGCACCAAAUGAUGCACACGUUAUGAUCUUUGGUGAAGACAAUGAAGAACUUAUUGGAGGCUCUACCGCGCCGGCUGCCAAAUUUGUAGAGGAUGACUGGGCGAAGGAGGAAACUGAGUUCUGGUGGUCCAAAGUUCCUAUCUCCCAGCUCGCUUAA